AUGGAACUGCUCGGGGCCUUGCGCCUGGUUCUCACGAACGGGGGCGCCCCGGCAGGCAGCCACCCUGAGCUGGCAGGCGUGCCAGGGGCCCCUAGGAGCAGCAGACCUCGUGGCCUGACGCUGGCCCGUGGGAGCCAGGCCUGGCGGCUGCAUCCACACCUUGGGCCACCAGAUGGUUUCCGACAGAUCCUGCAGCCCCCACCGCGCCCCCCCGCCGAUGUUGCACAAGGCCCCACCGCAGCUCAGAGCUUGGGCUGGGAGGAUGGGGCCUGGGGCGAGCCCGAGGAGACAGCCUCUCUUCCUGUGUCCUGUGCAGGGGUCAGCCCCGCUCCGAGGCUUCGGGCUUUGGGGGCCCUGGCGGUAGCGGCUCUUCUCUCGGCCCUCUGGCUCCUGUGGCUGCUCAGGUCGGCCCCUGGGGGAGCUCCGGCGCCCCAGCCCACGAUCACCAUCCUCAUCUGGCACUGGCCCUUCGCCAGCCAGCCCCCAGAGCUGCCCAGCAAUACCUGCACCAGCUACGGUGUGGCCCACUGCCGCCUGACCACCGACCGCAGCCUGCUGGCCAGCGCCAACGCCGUGGUCUUCCACCACCGAGAGCUGCAGACCCGGCAGGCCCGCCUGCCCCUGGCCGAGCGGCCGCAAGGGCAGCCCUGGGUGUGGGCCUCCAUGGAGUCGCCCAGCCACACCCGCGGCCUCGGCCGCCUCCGUGGGGUCUUCAACUGGGUGCUGAGCUACCGGCGUGACUCAGACAUCUUUGUGCCCUACGGCCGCCUGGAGCCCCGUGAGGGGCCUGCGCCGCCGCUGCCAGCCAAGAGCGGGGUGGCCGCCUGGGUGGUCAGCAACUUCCAGGAGAGGCAGCGGCGCGUGCAGCUGUACCGGCAGCUGGCGCCCCACCUGCAGGUGGACGUGUUCGGCCGCGCCAGCAAGCAGCCCCUGUGCGCCGACUGCCUGCUGCCCACCGUGGCCCGGUACCUCUUCUACCUGUCCUUCGAGAACUCCCAGCACCGAGACUACAUCACCGAGAAGUUCUGGCGCAACGCGCUGCUGGCCGGCGCGGUGCCCGUGGUCCUGGGCCCCUCGAGGGUCACCUACGAGGCCUUCGCCCCACCUGAUGCCUUUGUGCACGUGGACGACUUCGGCUCGGCCCACGAGCUGGCCGCCUUCCUCGCUGGCAUGAACGAGAGCCGCUAUCAGCGCUACUUCGCCUGGAGAGACCGGUUCCGAGUGCGGCUGUUCGGCGACUGGCGGGAACGCUUCUGCGCCAUCUGCGCCCGCUACCCCCACCUGCCCCGUGGCCAGGUCUACCAGGACCUCGAGGGCUGGUUCCAGGCCUGA